UUAUCCAAAAUAUCCAGAAUGGGUAAGAAAAAGGGAAGAUUCGGGAACCGAAGGCCCUAUUAUAGGGGCAAACCGCUCUUUGACAUAUUGAAAGAGCUACCAGAUCACGGAGUUGGCCGGCUAAUAAAGCGAGGCUCGCAUCAAAAUGAUGACCCGUUGACUCCAACAUAUAUGCGUAUAAUAAAAGCGGAUUUGUCCAAUCCAGCGAUUGGAUCUAAACCCUCUAAUAAACAAAAAAAAAUUAGCAAUAAUAAAAGAAUUGAAGUUCUAGUCGAAAGAACGUGGCGUGGAGUUACUCAUCCUCGUACAGUUAAUAUUUGCAGUACUAGUUAUCUUGCCGAUUUUAUAUUGAUUCCCAAGGAAGAGGAAGAAAAGUACAUAAAACAUUCUAAGACUGCGAAAAAUUACGUGCAUUGGUCACAAGCCCAAAGGAAAAGGAUAAAGGAAAGGAUAGCAGAAGGUAUGUCCGUGGAAGAGGCAAAAGAGAAAGAAAAGGAAAUGAUUGCCAAAACGGAUGCUGAAGAUGGAAAUUUGUCAAACGCCGAUAUGCCCGAAAAUUCUGAUAUUACAUAUGAUGACAAUUUCGAUGAAGAGGAGAACGAAGAGCAAAGUGAUGAAUUAACUGAUUCUGAAGAUGUAAAUGAAGAAAGUGAAGAGGGAAAAGCAGAAUGUGAAAAACCAACAAGUCAAUCUUUGGAAAAAAAUACCCGCGGAAAUGAUUCGAAAAGACAUCGAGACCGUCGAUCAUCUGAUAGAGAUUUUGAUAACUUCACAGAGGAACAAAAGCAAAGAAUAGAUAAAAUGAUACAACAAGGGAUGCAUCCCGAUACUGCUAACCAAUUGGAGUUGGAGAGACAAAUUGGUUUAAAAUCAGCCGCUACGGGAGGAUCCAAAGCAGCAGAUAGAAGAUAUAAUUCAAAAAGAAAAUGGUCCCGAUCAUCAAAGGACAGAAAAUUUAACAAGGGAAAAGUAUCCCGAUUGCGCUGAUUUCUUACUAUGGCUAUCAUGCAAGAAUUACUUACGGUAUAUUUAAAUUCACAUACAUAAAUAACAUAAAUACUUUUUGAAUGGAUUUUUAUAUAUUUAAAAUUAACUUUAACCAUUCCUCUUGUAUUUACGGGUUUUCACGAUAAUAAAAAAGGAAUGAAGUGCGGUUUUCAAAGGUCUUUUGUCCGAAUUUUAAAGUUUGAAUUUUAAAUAAACACAAAAGGACAUGUAGAAACG